CAGAGGCUGCCCCCAGCGCCCCUCGCCUACGAUAGCAUUGCAUACGAUACCAGGGGAGCAAGACCUCGAACUACCCUUUUUCUUCUCCAAUUUCUUAUUGAUCCUUCAAUCUUCUUCAGCUGCCAGGAAAUACACACACACAUACGUAUUUGCUCUAAGUGAGCAUGGCUACCCAAUCGGCGGCUCCUCCAGAUACUUCCGACGAUAAACUUCGAAACCCAGGUCCUGAAACGAUGCAACCAAAUGUUGAUCAACCCCAAGAAGAGCCUGUAAAACAGAAUUCAACAUCACUAUUUGUUAACUCACAACCUAUGCGGGAAGAGCAAGUGCAGAAUGCCGUGAAAUUUCUAUCACACCCAAAAGUUAGAGGCUCUCCUGUCAUAUACAGGAGAUCAUUUCUGGAGAAGAAGGGCCUUACGAAGGAGGAGAUAGAUGAAGCCUUUCGCCGUGUGCCGGAUUCGCCUCCAAAUGUGAUGACAUCUGGUGAAAAUAAAGAUGGGCAGCUGAAGGGAUCAUCAAACGUUCAGCAACAAGCCCUGGCACAGAGUUUGCAGCAGGGUGCACCUACUUCUAGUACAACUGUUUCAUAUCCCAGAUUUCGCUGGUCCCAAGUCAUCAUAGCAAUUGGAUUUCUUUCUGCUUCAGGUGUUGGAACAGCUUUACUAAUAAAGAGGUCAUUUCUUCCUCGAUUAAAAUCUUGGAUACGCAAGGUUGUAUCAGAAGAUGAUGAAACAUUGAAGAAAAUAGUCUCAAAACAGUCGUUGGUAGAAGAAGCAGCGCUGGCUGCAAAAGCUGCUGCCACCGCAGCUGCGGACGUGGCAAAAGCAAGGCAGGAAAUGCUGCUUUCACAAAAUGAAGAUAAAAGAUACUUUGGAGAACUUGUGAGCCUUGCAGAUCAGCAAGUACAAGAAAUGAAGUUGUUGACUAAUGAAAUAAGAAGAUUAGAAGUUUCUAGUGGAGCCACUCUUUUGGAGCAAGAUGACCACCGAGUCACUCAAGCAAGUUCAAAGAGACUGAUUGCAAAUGGCAAGGUGGACUAUAACAUGCAUUCAGGGAGCUAUUCAUCAACACCUGCUUCUGCUAGACCAUCUGCUGCACCUCAUCCUAAGUCAUAUAUGGAGAUAAUGGCCAUGAUCCAGAGAGGGGAGAAGCCUUCUAACAUUAGAGACAUUGAUGAUCGGCCCCCCAAUCCGAAUCAACAACCUUCAAAUCCUCGCAUGGCACCUAGAGCCAAGCCUUGGGAGGUUAGUCAGGUGCAGAGCACCCAUACCCGAAUGCUUCAAUCUCAGGUCAAUGGUGGAGACUUGAGUUCCAAGAUUCAAGAUGCCUCCAUUGAAGUGAAUGGAGACACUCCAGUUCCCUGGUGGCAAAGGAAAAAUGUUAGAAUCAGUCAGAUGGAUAGUGGCAAUGAGCAUGCCACAGCGCCUUACAGUGCUCCAUCUAGUCAGCAGCAGCCAGUGAAACACACAUGGGUUCCUCCUCAGCCGCCUCCCGUAGCAAUGCCAGAGGCUGUUGAAGCCAUUAGACGGCCCAAGUCAGUGGCUCAGAAGGAAGAGGUGCAAGAUGAUCAAUCAGCAGCCCAUUCUUCAGACAUGUCUGGUGAGGUGCAAACCAUCCCAAUAACAUCUGAACUUGAAGGCGCUACAGAUGACAGCGGACUCAGCUCAAUGCCCAACUCUGGUGCGUUACUGGCGGCUCAGGAAGUCAACUAAUAAAGUCAGGUCAAGUUAGUUAAUUAGCUUGUUUUAUCAUUGUGUGACAUUGGGAACAGUAGUACUAGCUGUUGUUCAAAGUUCAGGAUGAGCUUGAAAGAACCUUUGUUUUAUAGUCAUACUUAGUCUGAACUUUUGGCCAGUCAUCAAUGCAAGAUACAUACAUAUCUUCUUAUGAUAGAAUAAUAUUGUAAUUUUUAGCAAGCAAUGAUCAAUGAGUGUUGUUGUACACUUGUAGUCUACGAAAUCUUGAGCAUUCCAUUAUGGAUUUGUUUCCUUAAA